CUGGAGCCGCUCUUUGUUCUGGUUGCGGCUUCCUAGACGCUCCCGCGCCUAGGUCCGUUCCUCGCCUUCCCGCUGUCUCCUCCCGCCUGUCCGCUCCAUCUGCGCCUGCAACCCUUUCCCCAACUUCUUCGUCCUAGAUCCUGCCCUCACCCCUCCCCCAAACUUCUGGUCACUGCCCUUGCCUGGUACCCUCCCUCCUGCUUCCCCCUGGUCCCCUCUCGGUUCCUUCUUUUCCCAAGGCCUGGGUCGCUCCGCCCGGCCCCGCCCCUCCAGGCCGGGGAUGUCCCCUGCAACCCUGUGCCCAUGGUCCUGACGCUGCUCCUCUCCGCCUACAAGCUGUGCCGCUUCUUCGCCAUGUCGGGCCCACGGCCGGGCGCCGAGCGGCUGACGGUGCCGGGGCCGGACGGGGGCGGCGGCGCGGGGCCGUGGUGGGCGGCGGGCGGCCGCGGGCCCCGCGAGGUGUCGCCAGGGGCGAGCGCCGAGGUGGAGGGCGCCCUGGAGCGCGCGCUGCCCGAGCUGCAGCAGGCGCUGUCGGCCCUGAAGCAGGCAGGCAGUGUGCGGGCCGUGGGGGCCGGCCUAGCCGAGGUCUUCCAGCUGGUGGAAGAGGCCUGGCUGCUGCCGGCCGUGGGCCGCGAGGUAGCCCAGGGUCUGUGCGACGCCAUCCGCCUGGACGGUGGCCUGGACAUGCUGCUGCGCCUGCUCCAGGCGCCAGAGCUGGAGACGCGGGUGCAGGCUGCCCGCCUGCUGGAGCAGAUCCUGGUGGCAGAGAACCGGGACCGAGUGGCGCGCAUCGGCCUGGGCGUGAUCCUGAACCUGGCAAAGGAGCGGGAGCCGGUGGAGCUGGCGCGGAGCGUGGCCGGCAUCUUGGAGCACAUGUUCAAGCACUCGCAGGAGACUUGCCAGCGGCUGGUGACGGCCGGCGGCCUGGACGCCGUGCUGUACUGGUGCCGCCGCACGGACCCGGCGCUGCUGCGCCACUGCGCGCUGGCGCUGGCCAACUGCGCGCUGCACGGGGGCCAGGCGGUGCAGCGGCGCAUGGUGGAGAAGCGCGCCGCCGAGUGGCUCUUCCCUCUCGCCUUCUCCAAGGAGGACGAGCUGUUGCGACUGCACGCCUGCCUCGCUGUGGCGGUGCUGGCCACCAACAAGGAGGUGGAGCGCGAGGUGGAGCGCUCGGGCACGCUGGCCCUCGUGGAGCCGCUCGUGGCCUCCCUGGACCCCGGCCGCUUCGCCCGCUGCAUGGUGGACGCCAGCGACACCAGCCAGGGCCGCGGGCCCGACGACCUGCAGCGCCUCGUGCCGCUGCUCGACUCGUCGCGCUUGGAGGCGCAGUGCAUCGGGGCUUUCUAUCUCUGUGCUGAGGCUGCCAUCAAGAGUCUGCAGGGCAAGACCAAGGUAUUCAGCGACAUAGGUGCCAUCCAGAGCCUGAAACGCCUCGUCUCCUACUCCACGAAUGGCACCACGUCGGCGCUGGCCAAGCGCGCGCUGCGCCUGCUGGGCGAGGAGGUGCCACGGCCCAUCCUGCCCAGCGUGGCCAGCUGGAAGGAAGCCGAGGUCCAGACGUGGCUGCAGCAGAUCGGCUUCUCCCAGUACUGCGAGAGCUUCCGGGAGCAGCAGGUAGAUGGAGACCUGCUUCUGCGGCUCACGGAUGAGGAACUGCAGACCGACCUGGGCAUGAAGUCAGGCAUCACCCGCAAGAGAUUCUUUAGGGAGCUCACGGAGCUCAAGACCUUCGCCAACUAUGCUACGUGCGACCGCAGCAACCUGGCUGACUGGCUGGGCAGCCUGGACCCGCGCUUCCGCCAGUACACGUAUGGCUUGGUCAGCUGCGGCCUGGACCGGUCCUUGCUGCACCGCGUGUCCGAGCAGCAGCUCCUGGAGGACUGCGGCAUCCGCCUGGGCGUGCACCGCGCACGCAUCCUCACGGCCGCCAGAGAAAUGCUACACUCCCCACUGCCCUGCACCAGCUGCAAGCCCAGCGGGGACACUCCAGAUGUCUUCAUCAGCUACCGCCGGAACUCAGGCUCCCAGCUGGCCAGCCUCCUGAAGGUGCACCUGCAGCUGCACGGCUUCAGUGUCUUCAUUGACGUGGAGAAGCUGGAAGCGGGCAAGUUCGAGGACAAGCUCAUCCAGAGUGUCAUGGGUGCCCGCAACUUUGUGCUGGUUUUGUCAGCUGGGGCUCUGGACAAGUGCAUGCAGGACCACGACUGCAAGGACUGGGUGCACAAGGAGAUCGUGACUGCUUUGAGCUGUGGCAAGAACAUCGUGCCCAUCAUUGAUGGCUUCGAGUGGCCAGAGCCCCAGGCCCUGCCUGAGGACAUGCAGGCUGUGCUCACCUUCAAUGGCAUCAAGUGGUCCCAUGAGUACCAGGAGGCCACCAUCGAGAAGAUCAUCCGCUUUCUGCAGGGCCGCUCCUCCCGGGACUCAUCUGCGGGCUCCGACACCAGUUUGGAGGGCGCUGCACCCCUGGGCCCCACUUAACCAGUCCCUAAUUCCCAAGCCCUGCCAUGAUCCCCCCCCCCCCCCCAUCUCCAUCAUCCUCCCAGUGGAACAGCUCCUUACACUGGCCUCCCUGGGCUGAGACAGCCUGGGCUCUUCUCAGGAAACGGCUCUCUGCCUCCCCCACCCUGAUGGUCCACCUCAAACCCAGCUUCCUCAGUAUCUGGAAAGGGACGGGAAGCCAGGCGUUGGGGGUGCUAAGACCUCCCUCAGGUCCUGUCUCGGGCAUGGGAGGGUCAUUGCUCAGGCCUGCAGACUCUGGAGAAUGCGGGUUUGCUGCGUGCUAACCCCUCCUCUGCCCUGCCAGCAGCCAGCCUGAGGAGAGUGGAGGCAGGGAGCCUCAGGCAGGGCUUAGUGCGAUGGCCAAGCCUCUCCACCAAGCAAGGGCUUGGGCCUGGGAGCCAGCCAAGGAUGAGAGGCCAGCCAUGGCUCUCCACUUCCUGCCGCCCUGUGGCCUUGCCCCGUAACCACUCAGUGCCCUUCGCUGGCCUGGUCUGGUCCCAGGUCCCCUCCCGGCCUUCCUGACGUGCAGCCUCCUUUGCCGCAUCUGGGGUCAGGGGGAGGCUGAGCCGGCCCUCACUGUGGCCGCUCUGCAGCUGCAGCCUGUGCUCACUGGUGUGUGGGAGCCCCCUGCUUGGGCCUGAGCAGGGGAGGCUGCGUCUCAAAGGGCAGCCAGCCACCCACCUGUGCCUUGGUGCUGUGCGCCAGGCCUCUGCCCAGCCCGGCCCAGCUCCCCCCUUCAGCCCCUCGCCCAUCCAAGGCUGCUCACCCCCGGGGUCCGGGGGAGGUGGGGCGAGGCAGCCCCCCUGUGGCAGCAGCAGUAGGUUGCAGAAGCUGCAGCUCCAAGGGAAGAGGCAAGAUCCUGAAGAAGGGCACGGGGUGCAUUCGAAUUACCUGGCAAUUUUGUUAAACUUCCAUUCAGGACACCUGGGCUGGGGCCCCCGUUUCUGCAGUUCUCACGGGCUUCCAGGCGGGCAGAAGCCGGUGACCAAGGAAUGAUACCCUAACGUAGCAAAGGCUCUGGAACGCAAACGCCUCACAGACGGUUGCCGUUUCCCUGACACGUCACUCUGUGCUCUCUGAUCGUCAGAGCACCCUUACCUGAUACUACCCCCACCUUACAGAGAAGGAACGGAAUGUUGUGCCCAGUUUCCCGAGUCACCAGUGGCAGCCCCCAGGAUGCGGACCCGACCUCCGGGCAUUCAGCCCACUGCCGGGGGGACUGCUCUCCUGAGAAUGAUCCCUGAGGCUGCACCCUGGGCAGGGCUGUUGCUCGAGAGGGCUGGCUUCCCUCUUGCCCAAAGAAUCCAGCCGUGGGGGGCGGGGCUUUCACAACAGAAGGCUGACCCAGGGGCUGUAAAGAAAUAACCCAGCAGGAGUGUCCCUUGCUCGGUCCCUUCCUCCCCCAGGGUCGGAGAGCAAGAAACUCUCUUCCUUUAAACGAUAAAUGCAGGCGCCAGCUAAUGGGCCCAGGGGGCACCUGCCCUGCCCCUCCCCUGCUGAGGGCAGUGGGUUGGCACCUGAAGGCUGGCUCAGCUCCCAGAGCCACCUCCCGCAGGUGCUGGCCAGGCCCCUCAGAGCUCCUGAGGUCAGAAAGUCAAAGGUCUCGCUCCAGCCUUGGGACUCCUUCCUUCCACUCCCCCCACCCCGGCAAAGAUACUGCCUCUAGUCCAUGCUCUGACUCCACUUGACCCGUUUUCCUUCUUGCCACAUGAAUGUCCACCGGUGCCCUGCAUAGGACGGUGACUGAGGCAGACGAGACGUUGCCCUCAAGGGCAGAGAUAGUAACAAUACAAUGUGACCCGUCUCCUCCAGGGGAAGCCUUCUGUCUUUUUGUCCUCAAUCAGGCCCACUCCCUCCUGAGCAGUAUUCACAAGCAGUAGUCAGAGAGGUUGCCCAGCACCGCUGCUUUUCCUGUUUGGCACACCCUCCACGGCUGCCUGCCUCCUGUCUCCCUGGGGAAUCACAGCCCAGCUUCCAGGCCCCGCCGGAGCAGCUGAAGUGCUGAGCUUCCCCUGGCCAGGCCACUGUGUCCAAAGGCCAGCCUCCUCCACCAUGACAAACGCUGCCCAGAUCGCAGCCAGGGCGGGCACCUUGGCCCUCACCUUCCACCCAGGCCUGGCCUCACAGGUCGGUCCUGAGACAAAGGGCAGAGAAAUAGCCUUUCCCCAGCCACAGCCUGCUCUGACAUUGCAGCCUGGUCUGCGGGGUCAGGGUUUUCUGCUCCGCUAGGCUGGAGCUGCUGCCCCCAGGGCGGGGCUAAGUCAGCCCCACCCCACCUCUCUCCCCAACCAAGAACGGCUUAUGGGCUUCCUAGGUGGCGCAGUGGUUAAGAAUCCGCCUGCCAAUGCGGAGGUCAUGGGUUUGAUCCCAGCUCCAGGAAGAUCCCACAUGCCGCAGAGCAGCUAAGCUUGUGUGCCAAAAAAAAAAAAAAAAAGAACGGCUU